AUGGCUGACAACAUGAAUGAGGAGUCAGAUUCUAACCCAGGGAAAGAUGAGCUGGACUGGGGCUAUGAGGAAGGUAGGCUGCUCUUCAUUAUCGUGCAGAUGGAUGUAGGGAUCAAAAAUUUUGAAAGGUUUUAAAAAGCUGCUUGUGUCUUUACGCUCUGUUUAAACCUGUUAACUUCUACAGAUGGGUUUUCCAGGGUCAAUGGUUAAGUUUUUAUGCUGCUCUGUAAAAGUAAAAAAUAAUUGCCUUUUUGGUCCUGUCUCUUAAAGUUUAUCAUAACAUAUAAUGCUUUUUAAAAUCUUUUUGAAUGUGCUCUUAAACAGAUUGGAUGUAUCUCCAACCCUAACUUUACACUUUUCUGUUGCGCUUAGCUUCUAAGCUCCUAUUAAGGGAUUUUUGUACGGAUGAAAAAGACCAACAUUCAUGUUAAUACAUUUUAAUGAUGUCCAAAAGCCAACAAGACCAUAAGUGGCAAGACUGAAAACCUUUAUAUCCUAAUUUUUAAAGCCUGAAACUAGUGUGCGGGGUAGGCGUCAGUCAAGUAGCUGGAGAAACAGUCCUUUACUUUUAUAUCAAUAAAUGACACCCUUGACUGUCAAAAGUCAGCAAGAUGAGAUUUUUUAAAUCAAAAGUCACUACUUAAGCAUGUGGAGGACAAGAUAAACAAAGGUAGCUUCACCCACACAAGACUGACUUGAACUGAAAGAUUGUGGGCUCUUAAAAGCAGUGAGACAGUGAGAGAGCCCUCCACAAAGUAUUUGUCAUAAACAAAGGCACCAAAUCCAACCUCCCCACUUAACCAAUGGUGACAACUUUGAACAAGAGAAUGAAUGAAUACCCACGACGUGUUACAUCAUUCAAAUUCAUUCAGUAAUUAAGGAAAUAUAGGUUUAAAAACAUUGGAAAGAAGUUAAGGCUGGAGCGUAGGCUUAUAUGCCCACUGGUUUAGAUAACAUUUUUAGUAUAGGUAACCCUGUACUACUAAGAUAAAAACCAUACAACAUAACAUUUUAACAUUUCAUGCAAAAAAUAUAAUAAGACCCCAAAAUACUUCUGUCCAUAAAAGCAGCAAGACGAGUAACCUGUGCUUUGCCUAUUCAUAAUAUUCAUGUUUGAAUUCUCUUCAGACAAUUUUACACAAAGCAACGUACAUUUAAGAGUAAGAACAAUACACGCAAAGAUCUUGACAAGAGGAAACAAGAUCAGUAAGAGACACAAAGUGCUUCAAGUCCAUACUGCUAAGCAGCGUUAAGGCAAUGCACAAAGUGACUAAAGGACAUCAACAAUGAUGCAACCAAUUGUCAAUGUAAGACCUUCCAUCAUCAACAUUUAAUAAAAACUGUCUUCACCACAACAGUGGCGGCUGCUGGUCUUUCAAGGAGGGGAAGCUCAUUUUUCUGGCCUACAUCAUAAUUGUGUUUGUUUAUUUGUAUGUAACAGGAAAGAGUCGCCAAACACAACGGCAGUCGUUUUUAACAAAGACAAAAGUCGCUGAGGAUCGGUAAAGUCUCUGGAGCAGUUAAGAACAACGGAAUGAAUAACUUGGAAAAUGCUUUAGUAGAUGUUUUAUUCUUCAAGAUCGCUGAUUCGCUUGUUUAGCUGUCAAUCAAACAAGGAUUUCGCCUCAGACAGCUCAUCCAAUCAUGGAUGCAGAAGCUCGGAGUCCGGGAGACAGUCGGGACCGCCCUCUCGCCGUAGAACUCCAGUGAAGCCGAGCGUCCGAUGGGCGGGACAAAGCCCAGCAUUUAUCCAAUGAGCGUCUAGUUUCGCUGCUGGAACAACCCACUUUGAGCUUCCACAUUGAAGUCAGCAGAAGCCCAGCGUCCGGCUGUUUAAAGCGCUGAGGCGCUGCGAGGAUGAAUGAGAACGAAGUUGUGCAGAAUCAGCUUCUUAUCACACUGUGAUAAGAAGCUGAUUCUGAACAAAAGAUGAAGGCUUCCUAGCGCGUAUUUAGUUAAUGAAAUGUACACACAGCAGUACGUAUUUCACCACUUUUUCUUUUUUUUGGGGGGUGACAUUUUAAGGGAAGCUGGGCUUCCCUUGCAGUCUUAGAGCAAUCGCCACUGCACCACAAUAAUGACUAGAUAUUAAGUGUUGAGUCACUUACAAAGAACUGGGCACACAAUCCCAGAAGUAGAACAGGACAGUGUGAGCCAACUGUAGCUGAAUACUCAUUCUACCACUAAGGACGACAAGGGAGACUAGUCUACUCUAACUCACCUGCUCUCUCUUAUUUCAAACAGCCUCCAAAUACAAUCUGGAAGAAAAUGUUCUCCUCCAAUUACAUUAAUUUCACAGAGGAAAUUUGUGGACUCAUCAUAUGUACAGUUAAGGAAUAUCUAAUUCAUCCUUACAGCUACAUUAUAUGAUGAAGUUGUGAUGUAUUUGUGUUUUCUCUGUCUUGCUGUUUUUGCUGAGCAUUGAGGAAUGCAAUCUUAAACGGAACCCUUAAUUCUACCUGUAAGUAUGGGAUCUGUAGCAGUUUUGUAUUCAUGGUUAGAAUUAGGGCUUUUGUGAUAUCAAGUUUUCACCUCAUGGUUAUGAUGCCCAAAAUAUCAUGAUGACAAUAUAAUUGUGAUAUUUAUAGUAUUAACUUCACGAAAAGAAGUGGUUUUGGAGAUACAAGGUUUUAAUAUGUAGUAGUGCUAAGAACAUCCAUCCACGACCUGUCAUCAGGCGAGAGGUGGAAACACCAAGUCACCAGUUAGUCACAGCCCUGACAUAUACAGACUUCACCCUCAUUUAUAAGCUUUCCUAAUGCAGUAAUUUAAUUUAAAAAACGGUCAACUACAGUUAGAAUUGGCCAAUAGUAUGGCAAAGAUUUACAGCAAAGCAGUGCAAUCUUUUGCCACCUUAAUGACCAAAUCUGACUUUUACAGCCCUCCUAAAAUUUUCUCAACCCUGUCAUGUUUUUUUUUUUGGUUGUUGUGAACCCCUCAGUUCAGUGUUUCCAUGUACUGACAGUAAAUUGUUAAGGCUUUAGUUAAUGAGCGUAGGGAGAAUGUGGUUUGUCCUCUCGGCCCUCAUUGCCUCAGAGUAGUAAACAGCCAGUCACUGUGGAGAGCUGGUCCACUGUAGCCUUGAAGGGACAUGAUUACCUGGCUUCAUUUCAGAAUCAGAAUCAGAAUACUUUUUGAAAUUUAAUCCCUGGGGAAACUGGGUCAUUACACUCACUUCUGAAUAUUAAAAUGUUCAUAGAAGGAAAAUAGAAGUACAAAGGAAAUUAGGAUGGAUAAGAAAUUACAGUAGUUAGUACAAAAUGCAGAAUAUUAUGAAGAAAGCUAUUUACAAAGCCCAGUAAUUAAUAAAAAAAAAAAAGCUAUGUACAAGUAAAUCAGUUUGCAUAUGGCAAUUGCGAGUAUUGCAUUUACUUGCUAGGGCCUGAGUAAACUGGACUUUCCUAGAUCUGAUAACAUUUGUUUUGUGUUUUAUUGCUUUAUGAUUUUUUGUGUAGGGUUUGAGUUUUGCACGUAUUACAUUUGCUAUUAAACAAAAGGAAAUAAAAUAUUUCACCCACAGACAUGUGAGGUCCAGUUAACAUGUAACACUUGUGCCUGUUCGGACUCAUAGGUGUAGAGUGGGGGCUCCAUUUCCCAGCUGCCAACGGCGAGUAUCAGUCUCCGAUUAACUUGAACUCCAGGGAGGCUCAGUACGAUCCGUCUCUUCUUGAUGUUGGAUUAUCACCAAACUAUGUGGUAUGUCGAGACUGUGAGGUCAUCAAUGAUGGGCACACUGUCCGCAUCAUCCUCAAGUCAAAGUCAGGUAACUCUUCAGAGACAGGACAACAAGUCAAUAUACUGUGGACUAUUUUUUAAUUUAAUAAGUGAUGAGAAAGCAGGGGUAGUCUGUGCUGACGGUCACUGUGGUUUAAUGCUGAGUGUAAAAAAAUCACUGUUAAUGACCCUGUUUCCUUUCAAUUGGAUUACCUUUGACUGCUUUGACUUGCCUCUCUCUCUUGUAUGUACUUCACUCUUAUCCACAAUGCCCUGGGUUUCCUGAUUACAUCAGUGGUAACUGGGGGUCCAUUGCCUAGUGAUCAUGAGUAUGAGCUGCAUGAGGUUCGAUUCCACUGGGGCAAAGAGAACCAGAGGGGAUCAGAGCACACUGUCAACUUCAAAGCUUUCCCGAUGGAGGUAACACACACACACACACACACAAAGAGAGAGAGAGAUCACCAUAAAGCAGGGUAUAAUAAUUCAUUACAUCAACUGGAUAGUUAAUGCUGAAAGAUGACUCACGUCAAUCAACAGUCAGUGUGAUUGAUGCUGACAGAUUGUUGAAGGGGAGUGUUUUUGGCCCAACAUCUUAUAUUAUUACCAAACUUUUUAUUCCCUUAGGCAGUGUUAAAAUACUUGAUUUGCAUUGGUCAUAACAUAUUGACAAUGGUUAUUUACACUGCAAAACAAGAGCAACGCCAGAUACAAACAUAACACACAAGUCAUGUCAAAUCAAUCAGUGGAAAAUAGUUCCUGUAAUUCCUGAUUUAGUGGAGAAAGACUUAAAUUUUUUUCAGCAUCACUGGGAAGCAUUUUGGCAAAGACAUUUUCAUCCGAUGCUUAACCCUCCUCCUGUGUUACGGUCUGCACCAACCCGUUUUUGAUUUUAAAUGCUUAAAAGAACCACUUAAAUAAGCUUUUUUUUGUAUCAAGACUUUUUGAAUUUGUCAGGAACCUUUAUUUCAACAAAAUAAAAACAAAAAAAAUUAAAUUUACUUAUUAUUGACUAAUUAUUAAAAUUAUGGCACUUGUCAUGUUAGGGUCACUGUUAGAUUAAAAAUCUUUAAUCAGAGCAAAAACUGAAAUCAUAUGUGCAUUGUCAGGCACCAGUCAGAUCCUCUUCCAAUCAUGUGAGAUUUAGGAAAUUCGCAUUUUGCCAUGUUUUUCCCUGCACAAAAAACAAUGUCGGGCAUGUCUAGACAUGUUAGAUCAGUUCAGUAUGGGUGUCUGUGUAAGGGGUAUACUGACAAAGAAAGGCCCAGAGGCCCACUACAAAAACUGUUAUAAGCAAUAUUUUCAUGGAUAAUGAAGCCUAACAAGGUAACCUAGAGAUGAGAACCAAAUUGGAUGAAAGAGAAUUGUUUUUAGUGUAAUUUACAGCUGAUUUAAGACACGGGUAAAGACCAACCCUUAACACGGUGGGUGCAUAGUAAAAGCUAACACAGGAGGAAGGUUAAUUAGUUGGCUAAAUAAGAACAGAUAUUUUAACAACCAAUGCUGUCCUGCAAUCAAGGCAAGUGCAGGAGCGCUGUGGAGUACAUGUUAAAGCAGUGUUACUUAUGACAUCAGGGCUAUUAGCCUGCUAACCAGUUGCUGUAGACUUUUCAACUAUUUUUCUCAGAAUCUUGGCAAAUUAAUUUAGCAUUUGUUGUUUUAUUUGAAAACUAUUGUUGGCACAUGAGUAAGAUUUCUCAUCCUGCAAUCAAGAAGGUUGGACCAUUAGAGUUAUGAUUAAGAAAGUGACUUAGUGUACUAUAGAUUUAAAGUCAAUGCUUAUGUGCAUAUACAGACCUUAAACUUCACAUUGUUGGGCUAACAUGGUGUAAAAAGGGCACCAACAUUAGCACUUUAAAAACAUUUAACUACAAAUUAAUCAUUUCACCUGUGCAAGCAUAAAAUAAAUAUGAAAUAAACAUGCAUGUAAUGCAUUUAUUUUAUAUUUUUAAUGAGACACUGGUGAAGAAAAUAUUGCAUAAGAACUGGGUUAGUGAUAGAGGGAUGGAAGGAUUUAUCACAUUUGUUUAUCACAAAAUCAAUUUCAGUGAAGUCUCAGCUGAAUAUACAGACUAAUCUUUGAGAUAAUUAAGAUUUUAUACAUAACUUUUGUUUUCCAAUGUUUUCUGAAGUAUGAUGAAAACAGACAGCUUUCAGUCUGUUCAGUCUAAGAAUUGAUUUGCUUUGUGGUCAAAAGGUCAAAGUUGUACACCCCUGCUUCCCUGUCACAUUAAUCUGACUUAAGAGCCCUUUCAAAACCCUUUAGUCAAGCCCAGCUGGUAGUUUCCACUCUCUUACUGACUCCAGUUUCCUUCACCUGUCAACAAGAACAACAUCUCAAAAACAGGGUUUGUUCUGCUUUUAUUUUUUACCUGUAGCUCCAUCUCAUUCACUGGAACUGCACACUGUUCAACUGUCUGGAAGACGCUCUUGGAAAGAAGAAUGGAGUCCUCAUCAUUUCCCUGUUCGUGCAGGUAAAUUAUGAUACACCUAUAUGAACCAGGCAUGGGUAGGUCUGACAGUCAGAUGGUAUGACAACCUCAAGCAGAAACACCAUGGCUUUACAAUAUCACAGCAACUCAACUUAACUCAACUCCACUCAACUCAACUCAACUUUAUUUAUAUACCACUUUACACACAACAGAGUUGAUCCAAAGUGCUUUACAACAACACAGAGGAAAAAACAAAACAAAAGAAAGGAACAAACAGACGAUGAAGAAGAGCAGACUGAGUGACAGUUAUAAUAUUAACAAUAGCAAUAAAAAUAUAUUUUCAAUACCAUCACUAUCAUCAUUAUUCAUUAUAGUGAUAAUAAUUAACAAUAAUAAUAAUAAUAACAAUAGCAAUAGCAGCAGCAAUAAUAAUAACAAUGAUAAAGACAACACAGAUCUACCGACCUACAGAGCUCACAGAGCCUACAUGGGAAGUGGUUGACCUUUAAAAGUUAGGGACAGUUAAAAGCUAGGGAGUAAAAGUGGGUUUUAAGUUGAGUCUUAAAAAUUUCAGUGGUGGGGGAGAAACUGAUGAAGGGAGGGAGAGAAUUCCACAGUUUUGGGGCCACGAUAGAGAAAGCCCUGUCCCCAUAACACUUAGUCCUGGAUUGUGGGACUGACAGAAGUCUUUGGUCAGACGAUCUUAGUUCAGAUUCAGAUUCAGACAACUUUAUUUAUUCCCUAAGGACAAUUCCGUUCACAGUUACCCUGCUGUUUGAUCCAUCCAAACACACAAAUCAGCAGACAAACAAACCAGACAAGUGCAAGACAUUAAUAGCAGCCAGUAGACAACCACAUUCCCUUGUCAGUACUCACAGAUCAGCAGGAUCAGCAAUAAAUAGCUAAAUAAGUACAAUAAGCAGUCAAGUUCCACAGAGCACUGGUUAAGAUACAAUAAGAUCCACAAGUAUGAGACACAAGAUAAGAAUAAAAACAAAAACACUCCUGAAGCUCCAGAUUAGCACAGGCCACAUAUGACAGUUCUCUCAUUGUGUGAUAUGGGGACAAGAGUUCUGUGAUGUAAGAGGGGGCAAGACCAUUCAACACUUUAUUGACAAACAUCAGGGUUUUAAACUCAAUCCUUUAGCUAACAGGCAGCCAGUGAAGGGAGGCAAGAAUGGGAGUAAUGUGUUCCCUCCUCUUAGUUCUGGUUAAAACUCUGGCUUCUGCAUUUUGAAUUAGUUGGAGAUGAGAUAAACAAGACUGAGUGAUACCAAAAUAUAAUGCAUUACAAUAGUCGAGGCAAGAGGCUAUGAAGGCAUGAAUGACUUUUUCCAGGUCAGAAGUAAUAAAAAAUGAUCUGAUUUUUGAGAUGAUGCGGCGCUGCAUGAAGCUUGAUUUUACGACCUGAUUUAUUUGUUUGUCAAACUUUAAUCCUGAGUCAAAAAUGACACCAAGAUUUUUAACAUGUGAUUUGACAGAGGGGGCCAAAGAGCCAAGAAGAGGGGCGAUAAUGUUGGUCAAAUGCUGUGGUCCAAAUAGAAUAACUUUGGUUUUGUUUUCAUUGAGCUGGAGAAAGUUUGCAGCCAUCCAGAAUUUGAUGUCAUGAAGACAGUUAUGAAGGUCAUAGUUUGUUGUAGUUAUUAGGCUCAAGGGGGAGGUAGAUCUGUGUGUCGUCUGCAUAACAAUGAAGAGAUAUGUUAUGCUUUUUAAUAAUGUGACCAAGGGGAAGCAAAUAGAUGGAGAAGAGAAUUGGACCAAGUAUGGAACCUUUGGGGACCCCACAGGAGAUGGGGGCUGAGGAAGAAGAGGAGUUUCUAAUGAAGACACUGAAUGAUCUCUUGGACAAAUAUAAUAAAAAACAGUUUAAGGCAGAACCAGAGACUCCUGCCCAUUGUUUUAAUCUGUGAAUAAGAACUGAAUGAUCUACUGUGUCAAAGGCUGCAGUUAGAUCGAGGAGCAUGAGGAUGGAGCAGUUACCUGAGUCAGCAGCUACAAGGAGGUCAUUAGUUAUUCUCAGUAAUGCAGACUCAGUACUGUGAAGAGCUCUGAAACCGGACUGGAACUUUUCAAAAAUGCAGUUUUGAGCCAGGUGCAACAACAGUGGGUUAAAAACAACUUUUUCAAGUAUUUUGGAAAGAAAGGGUAGUUUGGAUAUGGAUCUGUAAUUGUUGAGGACUGAAGGAUCUAGAUUCUGUUUUUUUUAAAGUGGCUGGACAACUGCAUGUUUGAAAGAUUGGGGAACAUGACUGGUUUCCAGGGAGCUAUUGAUAAUUGAGAGAACACUAGAGCUAAUAGUGCCAAUGACUUCUUUGAAGAGUUUAGUUGGAGUAGUGUCAAGAGAACAGGUGGAGGUCUUCAUAGAAGAGAUAAUAUGAAGUUCUGUUAAAAUGAUGGAGUUAAAAGAAUUGAGAACUGCAGUAUUUUCAGAGGAGAUGGAUAGGCUAUUUACAGAUGGAUUGAUACUAGCUCUGAUGUUAAUGACUUUUUCACUAAAGAAUUUUAGGAACUCCUCACAUUUAGAGUCAGAUGCUUCAAGGCAGGAGGUGGGAGUGGAGGAAAUGACAGAGUUCAGGAUUCGGAAUGAGAUCUGCAAUUUGUCCCGCUUCCACCUUCGCUCUGCCCUUCUGCACGCCCUCCUAAUUUCUCUUGUAUUUUUAAUAAGCCAUGGUGAGGCCAGAGGCUUACGUUUUUUAGUUAUUAGAGGCGCAACAGAGUCAAGGGUGGCCAAAACAGUACUGGUGAAAAGAGAGAGAAUUUCCUCUGUGCUUACAUAAGAUGGUGCAGCCUCAAUACUGAGAUGAGGCAAAUGGAGAUAAAAAAUGAUUGCUUUGUGAUCAUAUACAUGAAAAUCUUCUAUUACUGGGUUUGAGAUAGAGAUACCUGAGGAGAGAAUUAAAUCUAAUGUAUGGCCUUAACCAUGGGUUGGGCUAUUCACAGACUGGUGGAGACCAAAAGAUUCAAGUCAGUUUAUAAAAUCAUGAGUCAUGGCUUCAGAGGGACAGCAAAUAUGAAUGUUGAAAUCUCCAAGAAUAAGAGUAUUGUCAUACUUUGGGGCAAUGUUGGAAAGGAGAUCAGAAAACUCACUGAUAAAAUCAAUGUUUGGUUUGGGUGGUCUGUAUAAUAGCAGACACAAGACCGGUGAGCUGCCAUCUAUCACAAAAGCCAAAGAUUCAAAAGAUAAAAAGGGGCCUAUAGAAAUAGAGGAGCACUUGAGGGCAUUUUUGCAGAUGACAGCAACCCCACCACCUCGUGCAUGUAACCUGGGUUGAUGAAAGUGAAAGUAGCCUGGAGGAGUGGUUUCAAUUAGAGGGGAGAGGUCAUCAGGGGUAAGCCAUGACUCAGGGAAGAAAGGUUUUGUGAUAAAAUAAAAUUUUGACAGAUAAAUCAUUUGUUUGAGAGAGAACUCAUAUUCAGCCAACCAAAUUUAAAGGAGAUGGGAGGCCAAGAUGGAAUUGUAGUGUCAGUAAUGGUUAUAAGAUAUUUGUAAUUUACUGAGCGAGAUGCUUUGUAGACAGACUUAUGGUGUCUGAUUGUUUGGCAGACUGGGAUGUGAUUAACCGGAGGAGCAGCUGGGAGUAGGAUCAGUCCAUGCCCCAUGAGUGGUAGGGGAUGAGUUUGGCCAGAUGUUGCAGAAAUGUUGCUUGUAGCAGGAACCCUAUCGGUGAAUGUACAAUGACACGGAACAUCAUUUUGAGUGUGUGUGUGGAUUACCUAAUGGUGGCAUGGACUGCCUCAGACAGUCCAGCAGGCAUUUUGCAGAUUAACCAAAGCAUAGUCAAUAUUUGCCCAAAGCAGUUUUGCACCACGUAGGUUUGGAUGGAGUCUAUCAUGUCUGUACAGUUGGGAACGGUUCCAGAAGAGGUCGAAGAUGUCAAUAAAAUCCACAUGCACUGCAUUCUCUUUUAAGCCAGGUGUGUAAAGACAGUAAGCGGGAAAAACGUCCACAGCCCUGCCCGGGGGACGGGAUUGGACCAGAUAGAAGAAUGCAUUUUCCUGUGUCCUUUAAGGCAGAGAUGAGUAACUGAAAGUCUGCGCGGAGGAUUUCGGACUGUUGUUGGCUGACAUAAUUUGAUCCCACGUGAACGACCAGGUUUGAGCAGUCUGGACGGCGAUUUAGAAUAGAAGGCAGUUUAUCUCGGAUGUCCAAAAUGCUCGCCCCAGGGAAACAGUACGUGUGGGCACCUUUUGCUCUGAUGUUCCUUACCAUGGAGCUUCCAAUUAUAAGCGUUGUAAGCGUUGAGGGAUACGGAGGAGAUGGAGAUUGUGGCAGAAGUUGAGGAAGAUCAGAUCGUGGAUUUACCUCUGUGCUUCAAGUGUUCGGCCUGGGGAGAUGAGACCAGGGAUUUCCAGGGUGUGAGGUGGAUGAGGAACCAGCAGAAGGACAGGAGACGGCCGCAGCUGCGGCAGCAGAGGAGUAACCUGGAGCGUUGUUGCCGUUGACGCCAGCGGAGGGCUGUGCGUGGAAAACUCAAGCCGCCACAGGUUUGGCCCUCCCAGACCUUGGGCCAGCAGCGGAGCGGGCGGGGCGGCUGCAUCCUUGGAUCAACGAUCGUGCGCACAGUCACCAAAGUCCCAACUCAGUGUUGGGUAGCCACAGAUAAGUAGAAUCCGCUAAGGAAUUGAACAAAAUUCGUCCGUGUUUCCAAUAAUCAGUCAAAAAGUUUGACGAGGAAGUGUAGUCAAGCAGGUAAACAGCUGCACGGACACCACGCAUGCGCAGAACAGUCAGUAAUCUUGUGUUGUCUUGUAUUUUAAUAAUGGCCUGAAUCGAUUCUGUUAUUUUAAUGUUGGUGCACAAAGAACUGUCCUAAAAUAAUCUCCAUCGCUGUGUUGGUCUUCUGACAAGACAAGACUAUUUCUGGUGGACUGGGUGACUAGUCCCACCCCAUCUGGUUUCUGAUUGGUUGGCUGGAGCAGCAACACUUACACCUUGUUGAACAGCAGGCCUACAGACUAAUGACACGAGCAGCCAUUGUGACACCCAAAGAACAGCGCGCUAAGCAUUUUUCAAGCAUGCAUUUAUGCACGCUUUCGUACUGUUGGUAUCCCAGAAUUCUUUGCGUGUCGCUGCACAGCUGCGCAUUUCGGGUGAGAGGCUGGACUCGCUUGGAGACGCAGCGCGUCUUCAAAGAAAAUAAAAGAAAUCUAAAAACAGCAGACAAUCAGCUCAGGCUGCAUGAGCGCAUGAUCUCUGAACUCACUAAAAUCUGUAAACCUAACAUUAUAGAUUUAGAGACGAACUGAUCCGCUCUGCUACAACAAUCAAAAACAUUAGAAAUAAGAAAGCUUAAGCGCGCUUAUCCCGAUGCGGUCUCUGAAAUGAGACACAGCCUGAGUUCCCUGAAAAAGACCCAGAUUUAGUGGUUUCUCUCUGUGGACUUAUACUGCUCCUGCUGCUGCGUGAUGAAAAAAAAAGGUGGCUUUGAAGCCAAGACUUUUUCAAACUUUGAAACAUGUUACUGGCCCAUGCCCAAUACAGAAAUACCAACAAGUAUCAAGAGUACAAGCAGAUAUCUAUAAGCAGGUGAGAAGUUUUGAGUUGGACUUCAGCUUUGUAUGCUGCAGCUGACUUCCUUGGAUCUCACCUAUAAAGCGAUCUUACCAGAUAAGAUGGUCUUCAUGCUGUUCAUGCUAUUUUAAUUGUAAAACUUUGCAGGUUUAAUAUACUCAAAUAGUCUAUUAACCUUCAAAGUCUGUGAAGCGACUCAAAGAAAAAAAAACUUUUGCUGGUGAGAUCACUUAAUUCCUCUGAACAGCUGAGAUCCAAAAAGAGGUCCAAGUAAUAAUGACCAAUGAUAGAAUAACCAGUUGAUAAGACCAGUUAACAAGUGUUUAUUUUAACAUUCAUGUGUGAUUAUGAAUUAUCCUCUCAAAUGAAUGAAAGAGAGAGUUUGAAAGGAAUCUACCGGGGCAAACAUUUUUCUCCUCAUUGUUUCCACUUAAUGAUCCACUUUGUUAUUGGCUUGAAGUGCCUUUCUUCCUGGAGUUAUCAGUGCCAUUUUUCUAAAUAAGUGAACAACGUCACUCUUGAUAAGCUUAUGUCCUCAUGUGCAUAAGUUUUACUCUUAAUGCAGUCUGGAAAACUUUCAGACACUAUUUAAUCAACCUACGCCUUAGUAAGUUGGGCCAUAACUCUGUCAACCUGAUCAGACCUUCAAAAGUGGCCUCAUUGGGGCACCAAAGACAAAAAAAAAAAAAAAAAAAAAAAACAUUGAGUAGUGAGUCCUUCUGGUUCCAGCCUGAACAACAUUGACCUCUUGAGGUCAUGGUCCUCGCAUUGACAACCUCACGUGUCCUGUUUCUGACAUCUUUAUUGUGUAUCUCCUGUUUUCUUCUUGCAAAUAUACAGAUAUAAUAUACAGAGGAAAGACCAGGAUCUUCUUGAUCUGUUAGAAGCAGUUGAUGUCUUUCAUUGUGUUUUAGCUUCUAAGUCCAAGGUCCAUUAAUAGAUUUCUAACUGGAGCCUGAAAUGUGGUGUUUUUUUUGUUUUUGUUUGUUUUUUCAUCAGAUUGGUAAGGAACAUCCGGGUCUGAAGGCCAUCACUGAAGUUCUUCAGGACCUGCAGUACAAGGUUAGAAAACAACAACAUCUUACAGAUAAGACAAGGAGGAUUCUUUAUUCUGAGAUGAAUUUCACAGAGGCAAUAACUGCUGUUGUUUUGUUCCAACAGGGGAAGAGUAAGAUAAUUCCCUGCUUCAACCCUAAUACUCUCCUUCCAGGUAAGCAGAUAGUCUUGACUUCAAGUGUAUGUUGAGUAGUGAGCCUUGUAUAAAAAAUAAUUUUAAUUGGGCUCAAGAUCCCUCAAGAAAUCCUUCUGUCUCAUCUGAAUUAAAAUUAACCAUAACCAGAGCUGUGUUUCUGUUAAACAGUGUGCAGUUAAUAGAGCACCUAGGUCUGAGUGAGGCAAAGCUAAAGUUGUGGAGCAAAUAUGUGCUGGAGUCAUCCCAGGUUGGCACUGCUGGCUUGUAAAAACAACAUCAUAUAAGGAUAACAAGUGAGGGAUACCAAAUUUUUCAACUUGUGUUGUCACCAAUAGGUGAAUGUGCAUGCUGCACCAAUUUAAUGCAUCUUUUGUCUUUCGUCCUUUUAUAUAAUGUCCAGGUCAGAUUGAGGAUCUAACAUGUAAAGCCGUAUUUCACAAUUUCUCAUUUUAAGAUACAGAGACACUGAUCCAACCUUGAACACCUUACAAUGUAAUUAUAUGUCACCUGGGUCAGUUAGAACUAGUUUUAUCGGGCUGAUUUCAACGUGAUUUUCAAUGUUGAAUGUGCUGCCUAACUGAAGGGAUUUCCUCUUAAGUCUGGCUGAGCUUUUUCCAGCUACUUUGCAUGGGGGAGGAGGAGGAGGAGGAUGGCAGCCCCGCAGUAGCAGCCAGAGUUGUUUUAAGCUGCAGACCAUUAAAGGCUCUGCAUUAUAGCUUGAUUUGUUGCACAAUGCUGAUGUGUUUGGCCAUGGAGGUUGUCUUCCUCCCUUUCAAGAAAUUAUUUUGCAACAUAACUUUAUCUUUGUUUUCAGCUUUGGUUAAAUGUACCCACACUUCAGACCUCUUUACACAACCAGCCAUUGUCACUAGAAUUCUUUGUAUAGCUUAAUACCUGUUAGCCAUUAUUUUAUUCAAAUACUUUUUUUACAGUCUAUUUCUGUGUGUGCACCAUUGAUUUAAUCAACAUGACAUGACUUUACUCAUAGUAUAACAUUACUUCAAUAACAGAUAAACUCAAAGGUUAUUGUUUUUCUGGUUUUGAAAAAUGUGGAAUCAGGCAUAAAUCCCCAUCCCUAGGCAACAGUGGAAGAGGCUGCAAAAACUGCAAAACUAUUGUGGCCCACUACAGCAACUGUAGUGUAGCUUUAAGACCUAUGAGGCUUUUUGGAACUUUUGUGCCCUCUAUUUUUCUUCUCAUUUUUGACAUUUUCUCUACAUCGUCUUUUUUGUUUGUCUUUUCAUCCAAGUAGAAAAUGUUCUGUCUCUUUCAGGAAAGAGAAUUAAUUAUGGUUUUUAGUCUUUUGUAAAUGUGUCUUUUGCUGUCAUUUUGAAGUAUUUAAUAUGUUGUACACAAAAUAUUUACUUGACCCUCAGACCCCUUACUGCGCGACUACUGGGUGUAUGAAGGGUCCCUGACUACACCUCCUUGUAGUGAAAACGUAACUUGGAUCCUAUACCGAUACCCUCUGACCAUAUCGCAGUUGCAGGUAAGACAAUGAUAUAAAAUCAAACCUACAGUCUUUUAGUGGAGAACUUUAGAGGUUAGACAAAUGUGCACUGUGACUAUCAGCAUCAACAGGGUGGCGACAGGAUUCAAGAGGGGUAAUAAUGGCAGCUUGGAGAGGGAUUUGGGGAAUAUCUGGAGUCUUAUCUUUUUGCUCGUUUCCUGUCAUUCAAGGUACAGUAUUUUAUAUAUUUUCUGCUUCCCAGUCAAAGAUAAGCAUAACAUCAGUAUUGAUGUCAGGCCUUCUUGGGCAGUCAUGACCCCAUGGUUCUCAGGUAUUUACCACAGCACAGGGAGCCUCCACACACACUUGCAUAUCACCUUGAAUAGAUUUACUCCAGCAGCAAACCACCUACUGACUCAAGGCUCUUUUCAAGCUGGUUGCUUUAAAUGAUGAUAAUAGACAUCCUCUGACACUUAAUUCUGUCUUCAUGUCAAGAGAAAAAAAUGAGUUUUUGCUAUCCAGCCAGUGUCUCAGGCUACCCUUAUGAUUACAGAUGACUGUAUAUCAGUACAGCUUUAAUGUUCUUUAGAGGGAGAAUGCACCUUUAUUAACCUAAUUUCACACUUGUCAUUGUGAACAAACAUGAAUUUUGGCUACUGUUGUGGACCAUGCUUAAUCAGAGCAAAUAAAACUACCCCCCCCCAAAAAAAAAAAAUAAAAAAAAAUAAAUAAUAAUAAUAAUAAAUAAAUAAAUAAAAGUGUAGGAAGAGCAUCAGUGCAAAAAGCCAAAAAUGAAUGACAAAGUUGGCACCAUUUUUUAUUUCUAUUCUAUACAAAAUACAUGUAGCAGCUUAGAGACCACGUAGGUUUGUUAUGUGAUGUGACCAAUGUUUCUUUUGGCAGCUGUUUAAGAUAAAGUCUUUGUCUUUGGACAAAAAUGCUUUAGUUUUAGUCACUUUUGCCCUUAUAACAGUUUUAGUCAAGUUUCAGUUAAUGAAAAGUCAUUUUGAGUUCCUAUUUUAGGGGGGAUAUUUAGUUUAUCCUAUAGUUUAAGUUUAGUUUUUAUUAGUUUUUAUGUUUUGUUUUUUUUAAGCAAUUAUGAAUGAUCUUUAUUGAUUUGCUACAGAGGGGACUACAGCAACAGACAACGACAAUGUUCGCCAACAGUUGUCUCUGUGUUGUUCACAUUUGAGAGAAAGCCCCAAGUAGGCUUUUUGAAGAUACUUUUCAUAAUACAGAAUAAUAAAUAGAAAUGGUCUCAACUUUUGCUGUCAAGAGGUCUGGUGCAAUGUAAUACAUGAUGCUGCUCCAGAAUGUUUCUGUGUGUCUGAUGAGAACAAGGGACAUCUCCCCUGAAAUGUGAUUUUAUUCUAGUUUGUUUUUGAAACAUAUGGUACAGUUUCAUUCAUUGUGUUUUCAUAAAGCCUUUUUUUCUGUCUUGUUUCAGUCUCAAAGAAAAUGUUUUUGAUAUUAAAGUUAGCGUUUUUUUGUUAGUUUUUCUUAACAAUGCUAACCUUGGUAUAUACUUGUAUGUAUUAGUAUUAGUUAUGAAUUACUUAUAUAAUCAAACACUUGCCUGAAUAGCAAAUAGAAAAGGAAAAACAUCUAUAAAUGAGAUGUGUUGGCCAGGGUUACUUUUUGGGUGCAUGUUUGUUUCUUUUAACAACAGCUUUGGAAAUGGUUACGCUCUAAUAACUUACUUGAACUUCCUCUUUACCUUUGGGGGUGAAAAGCACACAAAUAAUGCCGAGGAAGAAGUGGUUGAUAUGCAUUAAGCAACAACUUAUGUUUUGGGUUUUUAGCCUGUGUUCAGUUACAUUUUUCACAGACAAAAUGUGAGGCGUAACUUCUUAGCUAUUUGCUGUUCAUGUUUCCAGAAUAUAUCCAGACAUACAGAAAACUAUCACAUAUUUACGCUGACACAAGAGCUACCGCAGUAAUUUCAUGAAAGCCAGUGAUUAGGAGCAGCUUGUUUCACUUUUUUUCCGUGGUUGUAGUAAUAGCACACAUAUAAAUUAGCAUCAGUAAAGUUACAUGUUACAUUUUAUUUUAAUAUCUUUGCAUUAUAAAUUUUGCUGCAGCUGCUGAGUUUGCAGGUCAAACAAGGAGUCACUUGCUUUAACUUUCAGAAUAAGCAGCAGCCCUUCUCAGCACCACUCCUUUUUUCACUCUCCCCACACUAUCCUGCAUCUCUACUCAAACUGCUUCAGAUUGAUGUUCAUGAUGUUUUUGAAGUUCAUGUUGGGAAAUGUAGAAAACCACAACAAGAAGCAUAAAGUGAAUUAUAGCAGAGAGAUUUCAAGGUUGUUCUGCUGACUAAACAUCAACAAGUGUUGCACAACAGCAGGUCCUGCUAACCUAGAAUUACACACCUCCAACAUCCGGCUAUUAUCAACUGCUGAAAGACCAUGAGUGUGUGCUCUGUGCAUAUGUGCACAUAAAAUGUGUGUGUCAUUCAACAGUUGCUAUGCCUACAAGUAAAGCACGUUAAAAGACAGCAGUAAAUCUUCCUUCUGUGCACCAAUGCACAGGAACUGUUGUGUGUUUGUUUUGGCCGUGUGGUCAGUCAUUACACAGUGAGUAUGUAAAACUGAUACUAUCACUGGCCAAAGAUACACAUGAGCAGGGCGUCAAUUUUUUGGAUUCUUUCUGUUCAGUUUUGAUUAAAUAAUAUCCUGUAGGCAAGAAAAAAACGAGAUGUUGUACACUACUACAAUGACAAUGAAGUACCUCCAUAAGCUUUUGGAGCUAUACAUAUCAGUCAAGUAUAGAUCACCAUCAGAAUAGCAGGCAUAGGUUUGUUCUCCUUUCACAUCAAACAUAAAAUGUGCUCUCUUCUGUUAAUGUUGGGCAUGCAAUCAUGAGGAUACUAGCUAAGAACUCUUGUACUAUUUUUCAAUUACAUUUUAAAAGCUUUGAUGCCUGUGAGUGUGAACUAAUUCUAGAUAACUCCACUCCAUCAUUGUAUGAUGCUCUAUUGCUUAUCGCAGAUGCAGGUUUUUACUUUGUUUUAAAUCUUCUAGAAUUCACCUCCGGUUUAGACACAGUAGACCACAAAAUUUCAAUCAACUACCAGGAAACUUUGGUUAGGAUUUGGGCUGGUUUAUUUCUUACAUAUCUAAAAGAUUCUAUUGAGUAAAACUGGUGGGCUCUUUUCUUUUGCAGACUUCUGCAGGCUUCUAUUUCCAGGCCAGGUUGGUCUGUACCAUACCAGAGUAUAAAAGCUAUUUUAGCUACUCUUAUUGUCAUAAUUGUCACACCAUCACAGUGUUUUAUUAUGUUGUAAGGGUCACAGUCUGCCAGUAUGUCCCAAGCCAGGCUCCUUUUACUCAAUACUGGAGUGUCUGUCACCCAUCCCCCGAACAUCUAAUAACCUGAGUAAACUUCCAGUGAAGUGCAAAUAUUUGAAGUCAAAUGAUGGGAUAGAACUCCCUGAGUGUUUUGUAGAAAGAAAAGGCAUAAAAGCAACUCUGCAUCUUUUCCUUCUCUUAUAUAACCAGAAUGUCAUCAAAUAAUCUAUCCUUGUAUUACUCUGCUGGUAAAAAGGGAUCCUUCUGAAAUGCAAAGUAAAGAAAGUAACAAAUGAUAACCAGCCACAUUAAUUCAGAGAAUUUUUCUACUGACUUCCUUCCAAGUUCAAACAUACUAGUCAACACUUUCUGGAAAUACUUAAUGUAAACCUACCAAUUACACUGAACAAAAAUAUAAACGCAUGAGUUUAGACAGAAGUGUUCACUAACACAGAUUUGGACAAAUUUGUCAACAAUAUUUGAGAGAAAUAGGUCUUUUGUGUACAGAAAAAAAGUCUUAGAUCUUUGAGUUUAGCUCAUGAAAUAUGGGAGCAAAAACAAAAGUGUUGUGUUUAUAUUUUUGUUCAGUGUAUAAAUACACUAUUAGCCCAUUUAUAACUCGUAGCAAUGUUUAUUAGUUGAAUGCUAUAAAAGUGUUAUAAGCAUGUCCUAUAAAUGUAUGAUUUAUAAUGCAUUCUACCUCAAUGCAAAACACUAACAGUAUAUUUUAAAUACUGGGUUUCAUAACACAUGAAACAGACAUGCAUCAAUAAUUCGAUUCAAAACUAGUACUUUUAAACUGGGACAAGGACAGAAGUCCAUUUCAAUCACUUAAUCGAGCUAUAAUAGUAGCUCAGUUUAGUGUACAUGUAAUCAAACUGAUGGUUAGCAUAAUAAUGGGCUGACAUUACUCAAUAUAUACAUCCAUCAAACAUCAGUAGAAGAGCUGGUGCUAGGCAUAGCAGCUUCACAGGACUCGAAAACAUCCAGCCUGUUGAGUCGAGGGAAUUUGUCUUUCUCAUAAUUUGAACCUCCACUUAAGCCAAGCUGAUCUCACACUGCAGUAAAAGUUAUCUAACAAUAGGGCAGGUCAGCUAGACAGGCGCUGAAGUAGUUAGUAGUUAGACGUUUAACAAAUUUGCUUAUUCUUUGACAUAUUUGACCACCCUGCUGCUCCGAGUCAACCAACAAGUUUUUUUUUUUUUUUUGUAGGUUAACUGGUUAAUGUUAUUAGGCAUCUUAAAGCCAGUGACUGUUGACCCUGUCAUCUACUUUCAGCCAAACAGGCCUCCCACUAAUGCCUUUGGUUUUUCAUUAAAGACAUAUACUUUGCAUUUGUAAUGAAAAAAUAGAUCAACAAAGAUGCAAUCGUGAGGACUCUUUCAGUGUUUCAACCACUGACACAUUCAGUUGAAAGUUGUCAGACUGCAGAGUAACUCUUUCAACCAGAACACCAGCUUUCAAAUAUGCAAUGUGCACCCAGUGUGAACGGCAUUGUUAAUCUGUGUGGUGAGAAAAAGAGGCUGUGAUAUAAUGGAGUAAGGACAGCCCUAUGAUGGAGAGUGCUUUGGCCCAGUUUAAAAUAUUUCCACUUGAACUUUAUAUGACUUAAUGGGAAAAUGCAAUCAUGGAUAAUUUAUUUUUCUUCAUCUGAAUUGGAACAAAGCAAUAUGAUUGUUGGUGUGAAGUCAUCCCAAAAUAAAAACAAAGUAUGACUUGUCUAUUUAAAAGACAUAUUUUCUGUUUUGCUCUGGCAGAUUGAGGAGUUUCGGAGGCUGCGAUCUCACGCUAAGGGCGCAGAGCUGCCUGAGGGGAAUGAUGGGUUGCUGGGGGACAACUUCCGCCCCACACAGCCGCUCAGUGACCGAGUAAUUCGUGCAGCUUUUCAGUGA